AAACUCACAUGAUUUCAGUCGGAACUCGAUUAGGUUUGCACUAUUUAUCUUCCGCUCCGGGCGGAAGUAUUACUUAAUGGUUUAGCUAGCUGGGUUAAAUUCAAUAUGUACUCCCACGGUUCCGAAAGUUUAAUUAAACAAGCAAGGGAGAUCCAGGAGUCUGAGCUGCAGAAGUUUUACAGCAGGUUAACUAAGUUGCUCCAGGUGAAAGAUCAUGGUCACGAGACUGUUGACAGCUUGGAAAGACUGCGACUCAUCCUCUCUGCUACAAAAUACACCAGGACGUUGCCCCCCGAGCUUCAGAAGAGGCUUCUGUCACUCCUCUCUUCGCCAGUGGAGCAGCUUCAGGUUCUCAGCUCAGCUGUGCUCAGAGAGACGCUGCCCCACCCUGGUCAGGCGGAGAAUUAUGGCCAAGACAGCAACAGUCAGCUGAACAGCCACACAGCUGCCCUGCUCCUCUCUCAGGCUGCAUCCCGGGAUGAUCUGUCAGCUCUCUGCACUCAGCUCCUUCGGAGUCUGGAAUGCAGAUCCUCAGAGGGGUCGAUUCACUCGCUCUCACACACCCUGCCAGUUGUCAACACCAUCCUCACAUACAGCCCGGAGAGCCUCACCGAAGAAAACAUAACCCUCCUAAAUAAGAAGCUUGUUGAUUGGCUGCGCUAUGCGAGCACCACACAAGGCUGUGGGGCUUCCUCAGGAGGAUUCUUCACGGGAUCCAGGUCACGUCAGCCGCUGCCUAUUGCGGAGCUGGAUGGGACGGUGUCAGGAGAUUUCUUCACGGUGCUGUGUGUUGGUCAAGGUUUCACCGAAGACCAGUGGAUGAACGUUUACGCCUUUUCCAUGCUACGACACUGGCUCCUCACUUUCCACUCUGUGUCUGGUGGCGCUAUAGCAGACACCGCAAACAGGUUACAGCUAAGUCUCUCCCUCUCGCACUCGUUUUCUAAUGAUGAUCGAUCAGAGGUAGACGGGUCUGUGGUUUCCAUGGUUUCCGCCACAUCCACCUCCAGCCGCCUGCUUCCUCCAAAGGAGCGCCUGAGAGAGAAAGCCUUCCAGUACUGCCAGCGCCUCAUUGAACAGUGUGAUCGCAAGGCCCAGAGGAAAAUUGAUACAGAUUUGCAGAAAGCUUGUCUGGUGGAAGCGGUGUGUAUCCUGGACUGCGUGUGCCUAGAGGAUGCGUCCUUUGUCUACCGGGUGUUCCCGUGCAUUAAGGCGCUUUUUGGUCGUCUCAGCUCAGACUUGUCAUUCGCCAGAGUCCUGCUGCCAGUGGCGCAGUUCUACCUCAACCAUGGUGAAAUGGCUGCUGUAGACUGUGAUUCCUUGUGGAAUCUGGUGUUUGCUCGGUUCCCCGCUGAGCUCUUUAAUGACCCUUACUUGGCACACGAGCUCCUGCGCUUCUUGCGACUAAACCUCGAGAAUGUGCAACUCCGAGUUCCCCAGUACAUACGCCACUUCCCGAAUCUUUUUAAGUUUUUAGCGUGGGAAAGCCCUGCAGUCGUUGAUGACUUUGUUGAUUUGCUGCCCUCUAUGGUGACAUCCGGUAAUGCGCUGGAGCUCCUGCAUACUUUGUUAGACCUCCCGUGUCUCUCUGCUACUCUGGUCUUGCAACUGAGAUCAAUGUGUCUACCCAUUUCUGAUUCGGGAGGGCGGGGCCUCCCGUCAAUGGAUGCCUUCCGAAAUCCGUCUUUCCGAGCACUGUUCCUCUUCCUGCUUCGAAGUGAAGCAGGCUCAGGUGACACAAUUGACCGACUCGGCACGCUCCUUGAUCUGUUAUCCGAGACCGCCAAUUGGCCAAGGGUCGUUCAGUGCGCCCAGACCGUCCCGAUUUUGCUGCACAUUUUCUUCAACACAGUCAUCACAGUGGCUGACAAGACGCUUUUAGGCCAGGUGAUUUUGGUGAUGCUGGAGAGAAGCAGCCUCCUCCUCAACAUCCCAAAAUACACAACGGAGGUACACAGGGUGUUCAGCCGCCAGCUGAUGAGGCUGUGCAAACUCCACCCCUCUUUGGUCAUUGACCAAUCCCACGAGCUGCUGGAAUUUGCUGGCGCCACGCCCAAUGUUUACAGCAAACAAGAAAUCUACACACACGUGGUAUUGGUGCUUGGGAAUUACCUGUCGGUGUCAUAUGACUCUCGCUGCUCCGUGAGGCUCAUCACUUCCUGUUUUGAGACUUUGGAGGCAGUGCUGUUUGAGAUAACAUCAUCUUCACCGCCUCCCGGAGCGGGCUGCCCCGCCCCUCGCGUCAUCACCAGUCUCAUCAGCGCCCUUGCCAAGCUGGCGUCACGAUCACAUGACCUGAUACCAAGGGUGUCCCUGUUCCUCUCCAAGCUGAGAAAUGUAUCCAGAGGGGGGUCCGUUCCUUGGUGCGAUGACGAAGAGGACCUCGUUUCCAUAGUAACUCUCGGGGAGGAGUUGUGCGCCCUUCUGAAAACACCGGGCGUGGCCCAGAGUGUCCUGAAUCCACCGCCGCACGUCACCGCGCCCCAGUGGCACCAAGACACCAACGUGGCCUUGCCGCUGCAAUUGCGAGCGCUCACCAGAAUCACGCAGGCGCACACCUCGCACGCUAAAAGUCAACACACGCCUACUUCUCCGUCACCCUACACAAGCAAGUAAACAAAUGUCAAAAGUAAAAUCAUUUUCUGUAGCACUCUUUCAGUUGAGCGGAGCCUAUCCCAACUGACUUUGUGGCGGGAUGUUCCCACCCAAUCAUGGUACACAACAAUUCACACCUAUGGACAAUUUAAAGUCUUGAUUUAACCGAAAAUGGAUGUUUUUGGAAUGUGAGAGGAAAGCACAGAGAAAGGCCCAAGCCAAGACUCCAACCAAGAACCUUCGACUGACGUGCUAACCAAAUGCACCACUGUUUUGCCUCAAUGUACAAACUGUAAUUUGAUUUUUAGAUUGAUUUUUGUACUUUUUGUAAAUAGUUAAUACAGAGAACUGUGAUGACAAAUCAAUCAUAAAAAGACACGCAAACUAUUAGCGUAAUAUAUUA